UUUAUAGUGCUUUCAAGUCGUUGUUUCUUCUCUGUCUUUGUCCUCGAUCGGUGCAGCUCCAUAGGAACAAAACGAAAGAUUUAACACUAACAUAUAUGUAUUACUCUUCUUUCUGAAUUUGUAUCUGAAUUCAAUGUAAGCAAUGAUGAACUUGAUAGUGAAUUUUUAAGACAGGGAGCAGGCCUCUACAUAUGCAGGUUAAUUAACCAUCUCCACCAACCUUCCUUCUCGCCAUAAAGACCCCAGAAAGAGAGAGAGAGUCAUUUUCCAUUACCUGUUCUGGUUUCCGUGUGGGUUUGGUGCAAGUGAUUAGAUUAAUUUGUUACUAAACUACUAUUAUUUUUGUUUUUUCGAGUAAUGGUCUGUUAGUCCCCCUCAGUCUCCUUCUGUGUUUCUUUCUUGGCACUGAAAGAAACAUGGGUUUUGUGGUGAAUAAGAGAGGGUUUCUAGCUCCUCUUCCUCCUCUUGUUCUAGCUCUUAUCUUUGUCCAAAGUUUUACUGUUGGUGUGUCAGCCCUAAAUUACACAAAUUAUAGACAAAUCAGUGGCAUGAGACUUGAAAGGAUUCAGAGGCACUUGGACAAGAUUAACAAGCCUCCAGUCAUGACCAUAGAGAGCCCAGAUGGAGAUAUCAUAGACUGUGUUCAUAAAAGAAAACAGCCUGCUUUAGAUCACCCUCUUUUAAAGAAUCACAAGAUCCAGAGAGAGCCCCCAGAAAUGCCUAGAGUGAAAGCGUUGAAAGAGGAUGAUGAGUUGAGAUCAGAAAGAACAAAGAAGAGCAAUGAAGCAGAAGGCGUGAGAGGUUCAUGGCAAAUGUGGCACCGGAAUGGGACAAGGUGCCCGCAGGGCACUGUUCCUAUUCGUCGGAGCACAGUUCAUGAUGUGCUGAGAGCCAAGUCUUUGUUUGAUUUUGGCAAGAAACAACGAAGAUCAAUCUCUCUUGCUAGACACAUGGAUGCACCUGAUGUAGUUAGUGGCAAUGGACAUGAGCAUGCAAUUGCCUACACUGGAUCAUCACAAGAGGUGUAUGGAGCCAAGGCAACCAUUAACGUGUGGGGUCCAACAAUCCAAGUGGCCAAUGAGUUCAGUCUAUCACAGAUCUGGAUUCUCUCGGGAUCGUUCGACGGUUCUGAUCUCAACAGCAUAGAAGCUGGAUGGCAGGUCAGUCCGGAGCUUUAUGGUGACAGCAGGCCCAGAUUGUUUACUUAUUGGACGAGCGAUUCAUAUCAAGCAACAGGGUGCUACAACCUUCUUUGUGCAGGAUUUGUGCAAACCCAUAACAGAAUAGCCAUUGGAGCUGCCAUUUCUCCUGUAUCAUCAUACACAGGCAACCAAUAUGAUAUCAGCAUCCUCGUUUGGAAGGAUCCAAAGCUAGGUAAUUGGUGGAUGAGUUUUGGUGACAACACCCUAGUAGGAUACUGGCCAGCUGAGCUAUUUACACACCUAGCAAAGCAUGCCACCAUGGUGGAGUGGGGCGGCGAGGUGGUGAACUCAAGGGCCAACGGCAAGCACACAUCGACACACAUGGGGUCGGGCCAUUUCGCAGAGGAUGGGUUCGGAAAAGCAAGCUAUUUUCGGAACCUAGAGAUUGUAGACUCUGAUAACAGCCUCAGUUCAGCCCGAAGUAUCUCAACCCUAGCUGAAAACACCAAUUGUUACAACAUCCAAAGCUCCUACAGCAAUGAAUGGGGCACACACUUCUAUUAUGGUGGCCCUGGGAACAAUCCACGGUGCCCAUGAUUAUGCUCUUCUUCGUCAUCGUCAAGAAUUGAAGAUAUAAUUUCUAGGUCCACGUAAAUCUCGAGUUCUGUCAAAUUCUUUAAAUAUGUAAUUAUGUUCAUGCUAUUUCCAUUCUUGUUUCUGCCAUGUUUCCCAAGUUUUUGGAUGUAUUGUUAUGAGGAAGGAACGUGUUGGUUCGUAAAAUGGGAAAAGUGACAUAGCAUAAACAGGCAUGGAAAUAGCUGUAUUUUAGCCAGGUAUCUCUUAUGCCAAUUUUUAUUUGAUUGUAUGAAAAUCAACCUUAUAAUCAUUUUCUUGGGUUAAAAAAUUGCUAGAGGUAUAUUUUUAUUA